AUCAGCGAAAUCCUUGCAAGUGAAUCGUCAAUUAAGCAAUCGAAAUGAAAGUGUUUAUACUUAUUGCGCUGUUUGCCCUUUCGUGCCAUGCGCAGCAUCACAACCAGCAUCAGCACCAGCAGCAGCAGCAUCAUGCCCACCUCAAUGCUAACAAUAUACCGCGUGAUGAGAAGGCGGACCAUCGGCGUGAGGAUCAACGCGAGACCAGCACCUGGAUACCCAUACUGAAGUACAACAAGGAGCAGAGCGAGGAUGGAAGCUACAAGACCGAAUACGAGACUGGCAACAACAUCAUACACGAGGAGACGGGCUUCCUCAAGGACUUCGACACCAAUCCCAAUGGCGUCCUGGUGCAGCACGGCCAAUACUCCUACCAAUCACCAGACGGCACCCACGUCAACGUUCAGUACACGGCCGAUGAGAAUGGUUUCCGCGCCACAGGGGAUCAUAUACCCACUCCGCCAGCAAUACCUGAGGAGAUACAGAAGGGUCUGGAUCAGAUCUAUGCCGGCAUCAAGCUGCAGCAGGAGCGCCUGGAGCAGCGUGCCAAGAGCGAUCCCGGCUUUGCCAAGAAGCUGGAGGAGCGACGCCUGGCCAACCAGAAUGGCCAGUACAUUGGCCUGCUGGAGAAUUAGUAGAGAGUCGACGCUCACACAACGUAAACCAAAACCUCUCAACCAGAUAACGUGCUGCAUUUUUUGAACAUUUUCCAAAUUUCCAAAUUUUUACAACUUUACAACUUGCCUCCUUCACUGACCAUAACCAGCCGAGAGACUGUGAUUUCUGCUAUAAAUUCUACAAAAAAACAAAAG